UGAACACUUUCUCCACAACACUCCGAACCAGACAAGAUUGUUCGCUUCUCUGGACACGAAAGAAACGAUCCCAGCACACCACGGAUGCGGCAUGUGCGCGCGAUCCUUGCUUUGCUGGGGUCCACCAUGUUGAGGGCUGCUGCGACCAGCCUGAGUGGAGGUCCGUCCGACACAAGAUCCCUCGCACUAGCACAUCCCAUCUCGAACCUUUCCAUCUCUUUCGACAUAGACAACACCAGCCCCAUCUUACGCUUCCACGGCGCGUGGGAGCCAGAUUGGUCUGACACACUGCGAAGGGAGGUGUACACAACGCAAGGACCCGCGCGCGCCUCGGUGGAGCUCGCUGUCGAGGGCACCGGGCUCGUGCUAUAUGGUGCGCGCGACCCGCCAUCACCCUCCGCGUCGGCCAUCACUGUUCGCGAUAACGCCGGGCGCAUAUUGCAGUCUGCACGCGCGACGGAUGGAACUCUAGUCGAUGUGCGGAACUCGUCAUUCAAACGGGUGGAGGUGACCAUCGACGACAAGUCGUCAGGGGCGUACAGCGUCAGCGGGGCCACCAUAUAUACACACCUUGCCAGCAACGCAAACACGAGCGAUAGCGUGCCCAAGACGAGAUUACUUUUCAUUGAGAACGGGAAGGCCUACGAGGCCUUCAAGUGGGCUGGCAGCUGGGCUCAUGAGAGCGGCUUGGCCGAUCAUGAAGGGGAGAUUGUUGGAGAGAGCGGCGCAUCCGUUCACGUACCUGUGCCGGUGGGAAGCUCCCUUGUCGUCGUGAAAGGAUCAGUGGGACCAACGCGAGGAGAACUUGUGGUCGAGUGGAAACCUCCAGUCGAAAAUGAGCGAAUCAACACGACAGCCUGGUUCAGCGCUCUCACAAUGCUCUACCUGUGUCAUUUGGAUCCUCACACGGCGCACACACUCAUGCUCCGGGCGGAUGGCGCAGUGGGACUGCGAAGCGUCGAGUUCUAUUCUGCUGAGAGCCUGCCCUCUACCAUUAUCCUUGCUUCCAAUAUGCAGCUAGCUGCGAAUGAGUCAGCUUCGCAGGGUACCUGGGACCAGAACGCGGCGAUCCACGUUUCGCGCAUUCUAGGUGGUGUCGUUGGCGGCAUAGGUUUCCUAACGCUCAUCGCCGUGUUGCGAGCCUGUUGGAUACGCAAGAAGCGUCAACAGGCCGAAGACGAAGAGGCGCGCGCUGCGUACACGGCCUAUUUGGGCACUCGGCAAACGUACCAUGCAUACGACUGGGGCGGGGGUGACGGCGUAGCAUCCACGAGUGCUUCGCCAGCAGUUGGCAUGAGCGCUGGCGAGGGCCCGGAGUCCGAGGCAUCCUACACUACAACGACAACUUCGCACGCCAAUCAACAGCCAACCUCUCCCACCGUGUCCGUCACGCCCGCACCGCAGCCACUUCAUACGACUGGGCUUUACCGUGCGAUCUCCUCGCCCCAGCCCAUCCGCUCUGGACUCUACCGCACUACCUCGCCUGGGCAGGGCUCCUCCAUUCUUCUCUCGGCGAUGCAGCCCAUAACGCCAACAGCUUCGCCAGGGGAUACUCGUCCACGUACGGCGACGGAGCGCCCCGAGUCCAGUAUUCCAGGCUUCGCAGGCAAGCUGGACGUGCCGGAAACGCCGGUGCGGACCCACAAGCGGAGGGUGUCUUUCACAAGCGACGAGCGACCACGUCCGUCACGCAUUGUGAUGGAACGAGUGCAGGAAGCCGUGGAGGACCAUCCGGUUCCGCCGAGCCCAAUCAGACGCGGGUCGCUUUCGCGCUUCCUCGAGGAGCCAUUGUCACGGCGCAUUACUCAUGUUGGUGAGCCGCUCGCUCGCCGCAUCUCUCGCGCAACCGACCAGAGCGAGCAGGAUGUUUGGGAUGACAUCGGCAUUGCGCCACCGGUAUCGACAGCCGCGGUGCUUGAGGGGCGCAGAGCCAGCAGAUCCAGUACGGAUAAGGCGGUCUCGGUAUCGGAAGGGCGAUCCAGAGGAUCAAUAGACUCGACGCACAGCUAAUUUGGGCGGAGUUUUACAGGUGUAGCAUUAUGGAUGUACAGAUAUUCUGGG